CAUGCCUAACUUGGUUUCCAAUGCAUCACCAUGAUAUAUCCACCACACCAAACCAGGAACCCUAAAUAUCCAUCAGAAAGAAAACUUAGCUGUCCCUCGAGAACUGUGGAAAGAGAGCGAGAGAGAGAGAGAGAGAGAGAGAGGUGUUAUGGCGUUCAUGCGAAGCCACCUGCUACCGCAGAGGGAGAUGACGGCGGGGGAGUUCAGGGCGUGGCUGAGGCAGUUCGACGCGGACCGGGACGGGCGGAUCAGCAGGGAGGAGCUGCAGCGGGCGCUGCAAAGCCUGCACACGUGGUUUGCGUGGUGGAAGGCGCGGGCGGCGAUGAAGGAAGCGGACGUGAACCGCAAUGGCGUGAUCGAGGAGGAGGAGAUGGGAAGGUUGAUCGCUUACGCUAACGAGCACCUCCGCAUGAAGAUCUACGAAUUCGACAGCAACCCGUACCUGUAAAGUUGCAGCCAAGCUUCACCCCUACCUUUUCCAACUGUUCUAAGAACCCACCCAUACGUGUACUGUAUGAUCAAGAACAAAGUGAUCGAUCCACCGGAAACAUGAUCUAUGUAUAUUUUCCCUAUAAAUCCAGCUGCUGCAAGUCGAAGCUACUUCGACUAAGUACAUCAAGAGCAGCACGGGAUGCAGAGUUUGCUCGGAAGAGUCUGGGCUUGAAGAUAGUGGCGUAUUAGCAAUGGCACGUCUACCAUGAAUUGAUUGUUUGAAGCGACCGUAAUCUUCAUGUGUGCUUUGAUGUACUGUUCAUACUCAUGCUGUGUGUGGUGCAA